AUGGGAGAUUCCAGCAGGAAAAAAAAAAAAAAAAAAAAGAAAAAGGAGAAAAAAUCACUUACCAGCCAGCAGCUGCAGGAGCUGGAGGCCACCUUCCAGCGGAAUCGCUACCCGGACAUGUCCACCCGGGAGGAGAUCGCCGUCUGGACCAACCUCACCGAGGCCAGGGUUAGGGUUUGGUUCAAGAACCGCAGAGCCAAAUGGAGAAAGAGAGAAAGGAACCAGCAAGCCGAGCUUUGCAAAAACGGCUUCGGUCCACAGUUUAACGGCCUCAUGCAGCCCUACGAUGACAUGUACCCCGGCUACUCGUACAACAACUGGGCAGCCAAGGGCCUGACCUCCGCUUCACUCUCCACCAAAAGCUUUCCUUUCUUCAACUCCAUGAAUGUCAACCCUCUGUCUUCUCAGAGCAUGUUCUCCCCUCCAAACUCCAUCUCCUCCAUGAGUAUGUCUUCAAGCAUGGUACCCUCUGCAGUCACCGGGGUCCCCGGCUCCAGCCUCAACAGCCUGAAUAACUUGAACAACUUGAGCAAUCCCUCCCUGAAUUCUGCGGUGCCAACGCCAGCCUGUCCUUAUGCUCCUCCAACACCUCCGUAUGUUUAUAGGGACACAUGUAACUCGAGCUUGGCGAGUCUGAGACUUAAAGCCAAGCAGCACUCCAGUUUUGGCUAUGCCAGUGUGCAAAACCCCGCUUCCAACCUGAGCGCUUGCCAGUACGCGGUGGACAGACCCGUGUGAGAC